GUGAACAUGGCCGCGCUCUGCGGGCGGCAGGCGGGCACUGGCGGUCACGUGGCCUCCGUGAUGACGUACGGGGCGAUUUUUUAAACUGACCAGUGGGGAGCGGGGCCUCGCGUUUGGCUGGGAGCUGUCCGCGUCACGUGACCACACCGCGUAUUCCCCAUUGGCUGCAGGAGCCAGCGGCCGCCAAAUACGAAGCGUAUCUCCAGCAACCGAUGCCGAGGACCCGGAGCUGCGGCCUGUGACCGGAGGAGGAGAGCGGAGACCCAGCAGGCCGUUAGGACCAUGGCCAAGAGAGUAAGUGUGAUGGAUAGCCACGUGGUGAACAAGAAGGCAACGCCUUCCCGUGUCCGCGUAGCAGUGCGCCUCCGGCCGUACAUGGAGAAGGAAGAGGAGAAGGCCUGCGUGAGGGGACUCAACUCCCAGUCAUUGGAAAUUGUAAACUGGAGGAACCAGCUGGAAACCAUGCAGUACCAAUUCGAUGCAUUUUAUGGCGAUGCUGCCACCCAGCGUGAGAUCUACACCGGAUCUGUAUGUCCGAUCUUACCCCAUCUGCUGAUCGGGCAAAACGCCAGCGUGUUUGCUUACGGACCCACAGGAGCAGGCAAAACGCACACAAUGCUCGGGGACCCCAGCCAGCCUGGUGUGAUUCCCCGGGCCGUCAGAGACUUGUUACAGAUGACCCGGGCAGCGAGCUGUUCCCCUACGGAGGAGGAUUGGACCUACAACCUCACCAUGUCCUACGUGGAGAUUUACCAGGAGAAGGUGAUGGAUCUCCUGGAGCCUAAGAACAAGGACCUUCCAAUCCGAGAGGAUAAAGACCAUAACAUCCUCAUCCCCGGCGUGACACACAAGACCAUUAACACGUUUUCUGACUUUGACGAGCAUUUCAUUCCUGCCAGCCAGAACCGUACAGUGGCCAGCACCAAACUGAAUGACCGGUCCAGCCGCAGCCAUGCUGUGCUGCUUAUCAAGGUGCAGAAGAAUCAGCAAGUGCCGCCAUUCAGACGGCUGACCGGCAAGCUGUACAUGAUAGACCUGGCAGGGUCAGAGGACAACCGCCGAACCGGAAACCAGGGGAUACGUCUGAAAGAGAGCGGCGCCAUAAACUCCUCUCUGUUCACCCUCAGCAAAGUGGUGGAUGCCUUAAACCAGGGCCUUCCCAGGAUCCCUUACAGAGACAGCAAGCUGACGCGUCUCUUGCAGGAUUCGCUCGGGGGGUCCGCCCACAGCGUCAUGAUAGCAAACAUCGCGCCGGAACAGAGUUAUUACUUUGACACGCUUACCGCCCUCAACUUUGCUGCCAAGUCCAAACAGAUCAUUAAUAAACCCUUCAGUCAGGAGACCACGCAGGCCCCAGCUCAUCCCUCUAUGAAGAGACCCCGGGAGGAUGUGGAGCCGGCUCAAUCUCGACUGAAGAAAACCAAAACUGACUCCUCAGAAGAGUCUCCCAACUCCAGUGAUGGCCCCAAGAAGCGGAAGCUCAACCUGGCCUCUCUGAAGCCAUCCGUGGUGGAAAGGCUCCUCAAGCUGGAUAAGAUCCUCAGCGAGAAGGGAAAGAUGGAAAGCCAGCUUCUCAGCACCCCGAAACGGGAACGUAUAGCCCUGCUGAAGAAAUGGGAGGAGAGUCAGAUAGAGAUAGAGCGACUGAAGGAGAAGCAGAAGGAGUUGGAGGAGAAGGCCAUGCUAGCCGAGGCUCGUUUUGAGAAAUCAAACGGCUCCGACUUCGACUUGUCCGAUUCCAGCGUGAGCGAAAGUACGUUCCGUGCCCCUCUGAAGACCCGCGCCACAUCUACCGCCAAGACGAAGAAAGUACUACGCGUCCUGCCACUGCAAGGCCUCAAUCUACAACAGAAUGCUAACGAAGAAAGCAUUACUGUUAUUGAGAAAAAGAAACGGAAACCCUGCGCAGGGCGGGAGAAUGAGCCCAGCUGGGAGGUUACCAUGCAGACGGAGCUUCUCCAGAGCGGCAGAGAGAUGAUCCUGCACCUACUUAAUAACGGCUCGGUGAAAGAGCUGAAGUCUCUGCAGAAGAUCGGUGACAAGAAGGCCAAGCUCAUCGUGGGCUGGAGGGAGGUCAACGGGCCUUUAAAAAAUGUGGAAGAUCUGAUCACUAUGGAAGGAAUGUCUGCCAAACAAGUCUCUUCAUUUUUAAAGGUCAACAUCCCGACACUAGUGGCCAGCCGAAGACCGUAAAACCCUGCUCACCAGGACCUUGCACUUCUCUCUCUGAGAAGCCUCAAUAUCAUGGAUUCUAUGAAACCUUUCCUUCACCUCUGACCAUCUCCACGUGGGACUAUCGGAGGUUUGUACGGCUGUGGAUGGAGAGUCUCCUGUGGGUCCUCUUGUGUCCCCAUCACACACACCCUCUAUUGUGAGACUCUGUUGUCCAUGACAGACUUAAUUCGGAGACCAAGACAAUGGGGGAUGUGGGGUUAUACUGCCUGCCGAAUUAUUUUUAUUUUUAUUUUUUUUAAAAUGCUAUUUUGGAAGCUUUUGAACUGAAUGAGGCUGCAAAACUCCACGCACCGUGAAGAACGAAGGAACGUCCUUGUAGGGUCCCCACAUCUUAUAUGCGUCGUUAUGAUGGAACAGCGCUUGGUUUUAUUAGUUAUUUUAAAGGCAGAUUGCUAGGACAUAAAUUCAGUGACCCUUUUUAAUAUGGAUUAUGGUUUAAAGUAACAUUAUAUUUUUUAUUUUUUAUUUUUUUUUUACUGAAUGCUGCAAAGAUGAAAACUUGGGGUGUCCCAAAAUACCCCAGGGCAUAAGAUCUAUAGUGUGAGAAUGGUGUGAACCCUUGGUGCUAGGUGAAGCAACAGGUACUUAGAUAACAUGUAGUCCAUUUAAUUUUCUUAAGAUUAAACAGUGAAUAUAUGGAAAAACACAAUACAUAGAACGGGUGGGAUACGCGAUACCUGCAUUCCGACGCGGAGAAUCUCAACAGGGUUUUUGGUAAGUAUACUUACCCUAUCCUUCCUUCCCCAGGUGGUUAUUAACCCUCCCUUCCUCUCAGCCUAACCAUCCCUUCCCCGCAACCUAACCCUAGGAGUCCCCAGUAUUCUGAGUGAUGGCAAGAUUCCCUUUGCGCCAUUCUGGCAGCAUGUUGGGAUUCCGGCAAUGGCAUCUUCAUAGAACACAACCACGACACAAACAGCUAAAGAUGCAGAUCUGACUUGAAGUACCAUAGGGUUCGAAACGCAUCGGAAUUCCUGCGCUUGCUGCCAUCUCCACUAAGGACUCUGCGCUGCUAGUUGUGGGAACAUCUUAGGCGCCAGAAGCAGGGUACGUUUCCCGGGAUACCGUGCUAAAUACCACCUGCGGCUCCUCCAUCCACUGCUGUGUAUGCUUUUUGUCUGUCUAAGCUCCGCUUAAGCUCAUUUACUGGACUGUAUUUGUGUGUUUAUCGUAUAUUUAUCCAUCAUCUGGCAAUUGUAGAUACUCUCUUGCUAAUGUAUGCAUCAUAUAUUCACCUUUUUAAUCUUAAGGAAAUUAAAUUUUAUAUUUUAUCUAAGUUCCUCAUUGCCGGUUUCACCUAGCGCCAAGGGUGUACACAUCACUCUAUAGUUCUUAAUAAGUAUUAUUUUUUUACUGCCCAAAAUGGCCUUUCUGCCAGCGUGACUUUCCCUGCCAAAGGGUUUGAAUGAACCACGUCCGAACUGAGAGAGUUGAUGGUUUUAAUCUGUGGUCCACUUGUUCUUCUGUUUUUUUAUUUUUUUCCAGCUAGCCUUUUGUGUUUAUAAUAAAACAUGAUAUUUUUUAUUUAAA